CCCUCUUGUUGUUGACUUUUGAAUGAGGGGCUGUCUUUCCUCAUUUUGUCCAACCCACUCCCAACUUCACCUUGACUGAGGAAACAAAAUCAUCUUUUGCUUUCCACUCUUCCAACCCCUCCUUCGCGCCCUGCAGCACAUACCACUACUAGCCCUGACCCAAACAUCGCCACCCUUAACAACACAUAUCGCUUUGCAAAGAAUCAACAACAUGUCUGCUGCCGAAGCUACCGAGCCCAAGGUCGAGGAGACCAAGCCCGCCGAGACCACCGGUGAGGCCGAGAAGCCUGUGACCUCUUCUGCUGUUUUCUCCAUGUUUGGGGGUGGCGCCAAGAAGGAGAAGAAGGAGGAUGAGGAGCGUGGCGACAACUCUGGCAGCGCCAAGGCCCAGCGUGAAGCUGCCGCCGCCGAGAAGAAGGAGGGCGGCGAGGCCGAGGAAGAAGCCCCCGAGUCCGAGGAUGUCCACUUCGAGCCCGUCAUCAAGCUGACGGAGAAGGUCGAUGUCCAAACCAACGAGGAGGCCGAGGAGCAGCUCUUCAAAAUGCGCGCCAAGCUGUUCAAGUUCGUCAAGGAGACGACUGAGUGGAAGGAGCGUGGCACCGGUGACGUCCGUCUGUUGAAGCACAAGGAGAACGGCAAGACCCGUCUCGUCAUGCGUCGUGACAAGACCCUCAAGGUCUGCGCCAACCACUACAUCGUUCCCGAGAUGAAGCUGUCCCCCAACGUCGGCUCUGAUCGCAGUUGGGUGUGGAACGCCGCCGCCGAUGUCAGCGAGGGUGAGGCCGAGGCCGUUACCCUGGCCAUCCGCUUUGCCAACUCCGAGAACGCCAACCUCUUCAAGGAUGCUUUCCUCAAGGCCCAGAAGGACAACGAGGAGCUCUUCAAGGCGGCCGAGAGUGCCGCAGCCCCUGCUUCUUCGGAGUAAAUUUGCCCAAACCUCACAUAUCCACGAGAAGAUGAGGAUGGAAGACCUACCCAUGCGCCGGGCUACUAUAAUAAACGGCCCCUUGCAACGACACCGAAACUAGCACCCAUUGUUAAACUUGCUUUUACACCCCCACGAUACGAG